UCCCGGGCGCAGAGGCUGCGAUGCGAGUGCAGUCCAGCCAAACGGACCACGGACAUCCAUAAACUAUCCGCUUAUUCAUACGUUUCCCAAGCCAUUCUAAAAUAUUUUAUAGCACUACUUCUAACGAUUUCGUCUUUAAAGACUAUACUUUGUUUUUUAUUUUCAACUUUUUUUGAAAUACGAUGACUGGAGUUUUUGACAGUCUCGCUACAGAUAUGCAUUCGAACCAGAUUACCUCGAAUAACUAUCACAGUUUGCACAAAUCUCUGGAAUCACCGACUCUACCAGUGUCCACCGCGACGGACAGCAGCUACUACAACAACAACCAACAGUCUGGACACUGCGCAGGAUCGCCUUACGGACAGCUCAGUUCUUACCAGUACCACACCGGUGGAAUGAACAGUGUUCCCUACAAUACCAAACCCUACGACCUCGGGUUCAGUCCGUCCUACGGCACGUACAGCUCCUACGGUUCCAAUGCCUCCCCAACCCCCACGGAUGCAGAGAAAGAGGAGGCUGAACCUGAAAUCCGAAUGGUCAAUGGCAAACCGAAGAAAGUCAGGAAACCCCGAACUAUUUAUUCCAGCUUCCAGCUCGCAGCACUUCAGAGACGGUUCCAAAAGACGCAGUACUUAGCUCUGCCCGAAAGAGCUGAGCUGGCGGCCUCGUUGGGCCUCACGCAAACACAGGUGAAAAUCUGGUUCCAGAACCGCCGUUCGAAGUUCAAAAAGCUGUGGAAAAGCGGAGAAAUCCCCCCAGAACAACAUGUGGCCUCCUGCGAAUCUCCCCCCUGCAACUCCCCGCCUGCCGCCGCCGCCUGGGACUUUCCUCAGAAUCAAAGAAUGAACAGUAUAAACACCAGCCUGGCUCAGAGCACCAGCCCUCCCAAUACGACAGCCCCUACGUUUUUAGCAAAUUACUCCUGGUACUCGUCCACAAACUCCGCGGCGCAUCUACAGCCCAACCCGCUGUUACAGCACCAUCACAACCCCGCGAUGAGUGCGGGGGCGAUAUUUUAACACUUGUCGUAGUGACUCUUCGAGAGAAUCUAUGAAAGAAACAGGUAUCACCGAAUUGGCUUUUCCAGGCCGACGUCAAGUCCAUGGCUAGAGGACAAAAACAAGAAAGACGCAGCUAUGGUAAACUUGACCUUGAUAACAAUUCUCUGUCUAUUUUCACCUGCCUUUUUAUUUAAUUGUAUAGGCCUAUAUAUUUUUUUAAGAUUCUGCAAGAGGCCUGUAACGUCUUCUGGACAGAUCACUACAUUUUAAAUUAUUUUGUAUUUAUUUUGUUGUUGUUUGUUGGGGGAUAUGAAAAAACAAAAGCUACUGUUUUAAAGACUACUAAUAUCCAAAGCAAGGAAAGUAUUUUAUUAGCUACAUUUCACAGAUGGACUUGUUUCCGUGAAAUAUUUGCAAGUAACUUGUUUCACAGCAGGCAUUGUAUCAAUAAAUCUAAUAUGUAGCACUCUUUAAACUGUAUUGGUGCCUUUUGAAAAUGACCUCAAUUAUGUCAGACGCAAAUGUUUAUAUGUACCGAAACUCGUUUUAGUAAUCUAUGCGUUUAAUUUUUAUUUGUAUAUAAGGUAAGUGACAUACAUUGGAAAUCAUGUGUCUGCAUUUCGUGUUUUAUACAGCCACAGGUAUCUCUUUCAAAUGUCGCCAUUGAUAGACGUUUUCCAUCUUGUUUAAAUUUCGCAGACUACUGCGUUCUUAAAAUUAGAAAGCUGCUGUUUAUA